ACUUUCAGUUUUCGCAGAAUUCACACACAAAACUCCUCGUAGAUUAUAAAUUAUUAAAAUAAUGCUUUCGAUCAAAAUUUGUCUGUUAAGUAUCUUAAUAAAAUGUAUUAGUUCGGAAUUGGAGAUUGGAUCGUGUUCAAAAGAUGAUAAGACGUUAAAAUGUGAUAAAAAGCCUAAAUCUACUUAUUUGGAAAGUACUUCUCUGGCAGAAAAUGUCCUUGUCUUCACGGUGGCCUCUGAGCCCGUGGAAGGCUAUAUCCGGUACAUCCGGUCAGCAAAUUUCUACGGGAUUGAUGUUCAGGCUCUGGGCAUGGGGAAGGAAUGGAAAGGUGGUGAUAUGAACUCUUUCGGUGGAGGCUACAAAGUUAAUCUUCUUCGUGAGGCACUUGAGCCAUACAAGAAGGACAAGGAUAAGAUUGUAAUAUUUACGGAUAGUUACGAUGUAGUCUUCACUGCUCCAAUUGGUGUGAUUAUAGACAAAUUCAAAAAAAUGGACGCCGGUAUUGUCUUUGGCGCAGAACAUUCAAUCUGGCCAGAUCCCAUGUUGCGAGACAUGUAUCCCAAAGUCAGCCAUGGAGCAAGGUUUCUCAAUUCUGGCAUUUUUAUGGGCUAUGCGACGAAUUUGUAUGAUAUGCUUAAAACACCUAUAGAUAACAUAGCCGAUGAUCAACUUUACUACACAAAAAUCUAUCUCAAUGAAGAGUUCAGAGAAAAGAACAAAAUGAAAUUGGAUCAUAAAUCUGAGAUUUUCCAGAAUCUCUAUGGUGCCGAAAAGGAAGUUGAAUUGCAUGUUGAUGAUGAUUCUGGUGAGGCAUUUGUCGUUAAUGUUGAAACUGAAACAGUUCCAGCAGUAAUUCACGGAAAUGGUUUGAGCAAAAUGCGACUCAACAGUUUGGGCAAUUAUUUAGCUGGAGCCUUUAUCAAAGGCGAAUGCAGAGAUUGCUCUGAAAACUUUAAAGAAUUAAAAGACGAAAACUUGCCAAUUGUAUCAAUGGCGGUCUUUGUGGAAAAAGCCAUGCCCUUUUUCGAAGAAUUUCUUCAACAUUUAGAAGAAAUUGAAUAUCCAAAGAGUAAUAUACAUUUAUUUGUGCACAACAAUGUUAAGUACCAUGAAGAUACUUUUACUGCUUUUCUCAAGAAACAUACCACAGACUUUAAAAGUGUUAAGCAAGUUCUAGUCGAAGAUAGUAUAAAUGAGGGUACGGCAAGAGGUUUAGCAGUAGAGCAAGCAAUUGUCAAAGAAAGUGACUAUCUGUUUGUUGUUGAUUCAGAGGCCCAUCUUGAUGAUCCCAAAAUUCUCCGCAAAUUAAUCAUUAAAAAUCGAGAUGUAAUCGCACCAAUGUUUACGAGACCAAAUGAUGCUUGGAGCAAUUUUUGGGGAGCACUCAGUGAUCAGGGCUAUUACGCAAGAUCUCAUGAUUACUUGGACAUUGUCAACAAUAAGAAAAGGGGUAUUUGGAACGUGCCUUUCAUCUCAUCUUGCUAUUUGAUCAAGAAGAAUGUUUUGAAGAAACUCUCCUUCGUUCACGAAUCUUAUGAUCCCGACAUGGCAAUGUGUCAUCAUCUUCGAACCCACAACAUCUUUAUGCAUGUGGAUAAUUUGGAAGACCUUGGGCAUCUGGUCAAUGGUGAUCAGUUCAAUACCCGUCUUGCAAGGCCCAAUUUCUACAUGCUCUUGUCGAAUCAGAAAGAUUGGGAGCGACGAUACAUUCAUCCUGAGUAUUAUAAAAGUUUAGAACCCAAUGCUACUCAUAUACAGCCCUGUCCAGAUGUCUAUUGGUUCCCAAUUGCCACCGAGGAAUUCUGUCAAGAUCUCAUAGCAAUCAUGGAGAGUUUUGGAAGGUGGUCUGAUGGUAGCAAUCACGAUAAGAGAUUGGAAGGUGGAUAUGAGGCUGUGCCCACACGUGAUAUCCAUAUGAACCAAGUAGGACUUGAGAAGAUGUGGUUAAAAUUCCUACAAGUAUAUGUCCGACCUCUUCAAGAAACCGUCUUUAUUGGAUACUUCCACGAUCCUCCAAAAUCUUUGAUGAACUUUGUCGUACGGUAUCGACCUGAUGAGCAACCCUUUCUUCGUCCUCAUCAUGAUUCAUCCACGUAUACUAUCAACGUUGCCCUAAAUCGUGUUGGGAUCGACUACACAGGAGGUGGUUGCCGCUUUCUGCGCUACAAUUGCUCUGUCGAAGCUACCAAAAUGGGAUGGAUGUUGUUGCAUCCUGGAAGAUUAACGCACUACCAUGAAGGCCUUCGUACAACGUCUGGCACUCGCUACAUCAUGGUUUCUUUCGUUGAUCCAUGACAUGUUUCUCUAUUUCUUUUAUAAUAGAAACUCAAUAGCAAAAAAAAACUCGAAAUAAUUUUUCUACGUAUACUUAAAGAAAACAAUAAGUAUCCCAUUUUGUAAUUAAUUUUAUUAUAAACGAUCUACGUACAAAUAA